CUAUGCCAUUUAUGAUGGCUUGUACACUUGUGAGCGUCAGUAUCCUAAGUGUCCGUCAUUGACUGUACCUAAGUUGACACGUUAUAAUAGCCCCAAGUGUACUUGUACUUUAUUCUCGUUUCAGAUGUUAAGGCCAACUACUUGCGUUAUGAAUCUUGGAAUAUAUAUCAUAUGAAUCUUUGCGUUUAAUAAUAAUUGUAGUGAAAUAUUUUAUAAUCGCACUUUAGUCCUUAUUACGGCAAGUGUUUAAAUAUGGAGCACGACUUCACCUUACAGCAAGACAGCGAGCUGCGCUUCGAGGCCGAGCGAGACGCUGAGGACGUAUCAUUGAAGUUGCUGGACGGCAAAGCCGAAAUAUUCGGCACUGAGCUUGCGCCCAACAAGCAAUACACAUUCCUGCCGGGGGCGAAGGUGGCGGUGUUCACAUGGCAUGGCUGCAGGCUGCGGCUCAUGGGCAAGACUACGGGCACCUACAUCGCCACCGAGACGCCCAUGGUGAUGUACCUCAACACGCACGGUUGCCUCGAGCGCCUGCGCCGCAACGCUGAGCGCGCGACGCGCAGCAGCGACGAGGCGAGCCACGCGCGCGGGCCCAUCUGCAUGGUGGUGGGGCCUGGGGACGUGGGCAAGUCCACGCUGUGCCGUAUACUCCUGAACUACGCUGUGCGGUUUGGACGUCGGCCGAUUUACGUGGAUUUGGACGUCGGGCAAAGCAGUUUGUCUGUACCUGGAACCUUAGGUGCUGUGCUUGUGGAGAGAGCGGCGUCCGUACGAGAAGGCUUCUCUCAAGAAGCGCCCCUGGUCUACAGCUUCGGCGACAAGACUCCAUCCAGUAACAUGACUCUCUACAACAUCCUCGUGCAGAAGAUGGGCUCUGACAUACACGCUAAAAUGGCCUCCAACAAGAAAGUCUCGGUGUCAGGAGCGAUCAUCAACACAUGUGGGUGGGUCAUGGGCGACGGCUACAAGUCCGUGACCCACAUCGCCCAGUCCUUUGAAGUGGACCUCAUCAUCGUCUUGGAUCAGGAGCGCCUUUACAACGACCUCGUGCAGGACAUUCCCUUCAUUAGGGUUUUGUACCUGCCGAAGAGUGGCGGAGUCGUCACUCGGCCAAGAAACGUAAGAGCCACCGACAGAGACGAGCGAAUACGGCGCUACUUUUACGGCCUCAAAACUAAAUUCCAUCCCCACACGUUCGAUGUUAAAUUUUCUCACGUGAAGAUUUAUAAAAUCGGUGCCCCGGAGCUGCCUGCCUCUUGUAUGCCCUGCGACAUGAAAGUAGAUGAUCAUAGAACUAAAAUUGUGCCUGUAGAGCCAGGGAACAAAGUGAAGCACUGUUUGCUUGCACUGUCAAUGGCCACUGAACCCGCGGACCUGCUCACUGCCAAUGUUAUGGGCUUCAUCUGUGUGGUCGAUGUAGACGAGAGUGCCGGCGUGCUCAAGGUAUUGUCUCCCCAUCCAAAGCCGCUACCAGACACUCUACUUCUUCUCACACAAACUCAGUUUAUAGACUCGGCAUAAAUUGAUCCCUAUCGAGAUGACAAAACGGUUCGUAUUAACAUUUCGGGUAAUUCUAUCACAUUUAUAAUUGAAUAUGUCCAACACAAACUUGGACCAACACCUUCCCAUCUCAACCCGGUUCGCCUCGGGAAGAAAAGGACAAAAAACUUUAUUACGAAGUUGGUGGUAAAUAUAACAAGUCUGAUCUUCGGUUACCGAUAUUUUAGCUGUAUUCAUUCAUACUGUUCCGGAAAUGUUGUUGUCAUUCCACGAUCCACUUGUGUAUGGUAGCAAGAUCUGGUGGUCGACCGAAACCACAGACUAGAAACUUGGGAUCACCGAUCAAAAUUUUUGACUGAUGACAUCUGUUAGGUUCUGCCAAUAGUUAGGCUUUCAUUUUAUACUGAAAAUCUGUACAGUCCAGUGAAGGACCUAAUACCCAUCUCAACAUUUUUUAAUAAAUGUGAAUACAAAUGUG